AUGGCCGUGCUGGAGAAGCGAGCCGUGUCUCGGCUGGAGUUGUGCCGGGACAGCCCUCAAACCGUCGACGUCGUCCUUACUGUCGCCAUCACUCGGCCUUAUCUAGCAACUCCGCCUGCUGCUUGUCCUACGAAUCGUACAUCUGUGUCCUUGACCUCGAAAAGGCACAUCAUUGCAGACACAAUGAAGACUCUUCAAGUGUUAGCCACACUUUUACAAGUGGCAUCAUUUUCUCUUCUCUCCCACUGCCUACCAAAUGCUCAUGAUGCAUUUCCACCUUUACUCGAUGCCACGCUCGCCGACUUGCGCUCCGGGUUGGACAGGAAUCUCUUCACCAGCGUUGACUUGGUACGGGCCUACAUUGACAGAAUCCAAGAAGUCAACCUGCAGCUCAGUGCCAUCACUGAGAUCAACCCCGAUGCAUUGUCCAUAGCCGCAGAGCGUGAUGAUGAGCGAAGAGCUGGCAUCAAUCCUGUCAAGCUGCCUCUCCACGGCAUACCGGUUAUUCUCAAAGAUAACAUUGCCACAUUCGACAAGAUGAACAACACUGCCGGCUCAUACGCCUUGCUGGGCGCCAAAGUCCCCGAAGACAGCACCAUUGCGUCCAAGCUACGCAAGGCCGGGGCCAUCAUUCUCGGCAAAUCCAACUUGUCGCAGUGGGCAGCAUCCCGAGAACUCAUCAACCACGAGGGCUGGUCGGCCUAUGGCGGCCAAGCACUCGGAGCCUAUUUCCCAAAUCAAGAUCCCCGAGGGUCGUCGUCUGGAAGCGCCAUUUCGUCCUCGAUUGGCCUCUCGUGGGCGGCCGUUGGCACAGACACCAGCGGAUCGAUCCUCGCACCGGCGCAUGCCAACAACGUCGUGGGAUUCCGGCCCACCGUCGGGCUGACGUCGCGGUAUCUGGUGAUUCCGUUUUCGUCGAGGCAAGACACCGUCGGGACUUUGACGCGCACAGUCAAGGACGCGGCGUAUCUGAUGCAGGCCAUGGCCGGACCUGAUGGGCACGACAACUAUACCAGCGCGAUCCCGUUUGGCGAGAUGCCCGACUAUGUUGCCUCGUGUAAGGAUUCGGGCCUCAGGGGCAAGCGGAUAGGCGUGUCUCGCAAUAUCCUAACACCAGGUUACGAUCCGGCGUAUGAUAGUGAUCCGGCGGCCUUUGAGAGAGCGCUGGAUGUGAUGCGCUCGGCUGGCGCCCAAGUCGUGGAUAACAUUGACAUGAACUGCUCUAUAGUGUAUCAGUUAUAUGCCCAGAGCACCAAUGUUUCUGCGCCUCAGAAGCCUUCCUUCACCACCGUCGGCGCAGAUUUCUUAUCCGACCUGCCCAAAAAGUAUCUCAGUUUGCUCACGCACAACCCUAACAACAUCGCUUCCGUUGAGCAUCUUCGAGAUUUCACCAGACGAGACCUCCGAGAGGGUUACCCGGGCUUCAGCACCAGCGGCUGGGACGAUUAUCUAUACUUUGGCAUCAACAACACGAAUCCAACCUACUGGCCCAAUGUCACUCUGGAGAGAUACUUCUUCGGCAACGCGUGCGUAGCAGGGGCGAUUCAGCAGCACAACCUGGACGCAAUGGUUCUACCCACGCCCUAUGCGAUCCUGGCGGCGUCUCCAGUCGGUCUGCCCGCCAUCUCCGUGCCUCUGGGCCGCAGUCCAGACGGAGCUCCCACGAUAAAAUCUGACUGGGGGAAUCUUGCGGUGUCAGCGCCCAACGGCCCGUUUGGAAUCUCCUUUUCGGGCCUGGCCUUUAGCGAAGAGAAGCUCUUUGCGAUGGCGUACGCCUUUGAGCAGAGGACGAAUGUGCGCAGGACGAUUCGGCCGCAUGUUGUGCCCAAGACGGAGCUGGUGGAUGUUGUGCGCAGGCGAUGUGUUGUGCUUCCGAGAUCUGAAGGGUGUUUGCUUUAG